AUGUUUGUCGUGCGAUCGUACCAGGUAGGUGGAGCAGCGGCUGGCGGCCGUCGCCAGGACCCCGUCAUUUCACUGCCAACGCCCAUAGAGCCGACGAGAUAUAGGUUAUCGACCAAACCCUCACAAUCAGCUACCAGCCUCUCUUCCUGUGUGGCCAUGUUUAUGGGAGGUCCCCCUCGUCGUCCUGAGAAGGCUGCUGCGUUGAAGCAGCUAAGGCAGCACCUUGCUGUGCUGGGGGUGUGGGUGGUGGCGAUCAGGCUCACGCCAUAUGUGCUGCAUUUUCUCACGAAAGAGGAGCAGCAGCUUACUCUUGACUUGUAA